CAGCUCCAGUCCUUCGAGAUAUCAAUACGUCUUACUUUGGCAUCUUCUCUUGCCCUCCCAACUUUUUCUAGUAACUUGGGCAGUGCGCUCGACGGCACCGUCGCAGAUGCCACAUCUUCAUCUUGAGGAAACGAUCCGUGUUUGGCGGAUUCGAGGAUUGCGUCGCCGAGCUGGGCAUCUGUGACUUUUGGGGGCAUCGCGUUCGAUCAGCGACGUAUCAUGUCGUUGUCAAGAGUAAAGUGACGUGCGCUGUACACUUCCUGGCGCGCCACGGUCGAGCAAUCGACGAGACGAUGACGUCCGUGCGGAGCUUCAAUUCACAUGGAGGGGCAGACCGUUGCGCGCCUGUCUACCCCACCAAUAUACGAAAUCUUGCAUAUACAGCCCAUCUUCUCGAGAACCGGGACAUUGGCUAGGUGUGUCUGGAACUGCUGCUGCAAUCUGGCAGGCAUCAUCUGUCGCGCUCUCCGCCGACCGAACACCAAACUGCAUCGCAGCUACCAAAAGUUGUUCCUUCCUUUCACCUUCCUCUCUUCCAUCGCCAAUUCGGCACUGCACAAAGGGGCGCCUGCACAAGCGCAACUUCGCAUCGCGGAUAGCCUUGCGACCAGCAACUCAACAUUUGAGCUCCCAGACUCCUCAAAGGACUUUGCAAGUAUCAAAUACGCAAGUAUGGGGUCGAUUGAGCAGUCGUCGCACUUCAAGGAGAUCCAGAAGUUCGAGGCCGAUUACGCCGAUGCCAAGUUCACUCAAUAUGAAUCGCAGCGUACGGGACUACGAGUGACGGUGGUUGAUCGGAAAGGCCCUAAAGUAUACGGAUACUUUGCUGUCGCUACAGAAAUUCACGAUGAUUCUGGCUCUCCUCACACACUGGAGCAUCUGAUCUUCAUGGGAGGUCGCAAGUAUCCAUACAAAGGCUUGCUGGACAAACUUUCCACGCGCUCAUACUCGGAUACCAACGCAUGGACAGAUGUCUCCGAGACAGUCUACACUCUCUCCUCGGCUGGCUGGGAGAGUUUUGCACAGAUUCUUCCGGUCUACCUCGAUCACCUGAUUCUGCCUGCUAACACAGAUGCUGCAUGCUACACAGAAGUUCACCACGUUGAUGGCAAAGGUGAAGAUGCAGGUGUUGUCUACGCUGAGAUGCAAGCAAGGCAGAAUCUGCAAGGCGACAUGAUGGAUCUUCGCAUGCGUCGUCUCUUGUACCCAGAAGACGAUGGAUUUCGUUCAGAGACAGGUGGUCUGAUGGAGAAUCUACGCGUUCUCACUGCUGAGCGCAUUCGCGAGUUUCACCGAGAGAUGUACCAGCCCAAAAACAUGCGUCUUAUCCUUAUCGGUGAAGUUGAUCACGCAAACCUGUUGGAGGUGUUGGACAAGUUCGAAGACGAUAUUGUCGAUUCUGUGCCAUCAUAUGAUGCACCCUUCAAGCGCCCCUGGGUUGAGUCAAAGCGCACUCCACCGCUCAGCAGAACUAUCGUUGACACGCUCGAGUUCCCCGAAGAGGACGAAUCUACGGGAGAGGUGCAGAUCGCCUUCCUUGGCCCUCAAUCAACGGACGAUCUGGCCGAGACAGCCAUCAACACACUUCUUACGUACCUUGCUGGAUCGUCUGUGUCUGUUCUUGUCAACACUUUGGUGGAGAAGGAGCACCUCGCCAGUGAGGUGUACUACUUCAUGAAGGAUCACUACGAUUCAAUCAUUUGGUUCACUCUCAGCGCGGUGGACACAGAGAAGCUUGAGACAGCUGAGAAGCGUUUCUUCGAAGUCCUCAGGGAACACGUGGAUGGUCCUCUGGACAUGAGCUACUUGCGCGACUGCCUCCACCGCUUCAAGCGCCAGGCUAAAUUCACAUCAGAAGUCAGCAAUGAGGAUUGGAACACGCCUAUUGUCAAGGACCACAUCUUCGGAAAGCGCGAUGGCUCUGACCUGAAAGCUGGUAUGGCUGAUUUCAAAGACUUUGACGAGCUCGACGGGUGGAGCGAAGAUCAGUGGCGCACCUUUACCAAGAAAUGGAUAUCGGACGCUCACCAUGUCACCUUGUUUGGCAAGCCCUCCGCGGCUCUGAACGAGAAGAUGAAGGCAGAAGAAGUUGCGCGCGUCAAAGCACAGCAAGAGAAGCUCGGUGAUGAAGGUCUGAAGAAGCUCGCUGAAAAGCUACAGGCUGCUCAAGAUCAGAAUAACAGACCCAUCCCCGAGGAGCUGAUUGCAAGCUUCAAAAUCCCUAGUACAGAUUCGAUACACUUCUUCGAAACAACUCCGGCGCGGUCGGGGCUUGCUAAGAAGCUCGGUACUAGCGACACCAGAAUUCAGCAGAUCAUCGACAAGGACGAGAACGGUCUUCCACUGUUUAUCCACUAUGAGCACAUCCCGACCUCUUUCGUGCAUUUCGGCUUGGCCCUUGGAACGUCUAAGCUGCCCACAGAACUGAAGCCGCUGCUCGGGAUCUACCUCACCAACUUCUUCGCUACACCAGUUGUCAGAGAUGGCAAACGCAUUGAGUUUGAAGAAGUCAUCACCAAGCUCGAGCAAGACACGAUUGAGUAUACACUCGGCCGAGCCACCGACAUUGGCAACUCUGAGAUGCUCCAUAUCCAUUUCGUUGCAGAGUCAGACAAGUUUGAGACCGUCGUCCAGUGGCUCAAGACAUUGCUCGUAGACUCAGUGUUCGACGUUGAGAGGAUCAAGGCUACUGUCAUCAGAUUACUUGCAACUGUGCCAGAAGAGAAGCGUGAUGGCAACGGCAUGGCGCUCGCCAUCGAUAAGAUGAUCCACUACGACACAACCUCAUCUGUCCGUGCAACAACCACUCUAGUCAAGGCUCUGUACCUGAAGCGUACCUUGAAGCUCCUUGAGUCGGAUCCUCAACAGGUUAUCGACCAGCUUGAAGCACUGCGAAAGCACCUUCUUACAUUCUCGAAUAUGCGUCUGCUUGUUACUGCCAACCUCGAGACCCUCCGAAAACCGGUGACGACCUUCAAGCACCUCACAGAUGCCAUCAAGCCAGAAGCAAACCCUACCGUCAACCCAAUUGAUGACCGCAAUCUGCUACUGUCCGAGAUUGGCCGUAACCCCGGCGGCGCGCACUACAUCGUCACCAUGCCGAUCGACACAUCGUAUGGCAUCUUCACGUCAGCGGGCCCUAAGGGCUACACCGCACCAGAGCUACCACCGCUGCUUGUCACCUUAUCGAUUCUCGAAGCAGUCGAAGGGCCGAUGUGGGUCGCCAUUCGCGGCACAGGUCUCGCCUACGGCAGCUCCUUCUACCGUGACGUCGAGACAGGAAAGCUGAAAUAUGUGAUAUACAACAGCCCGAACGUGUUCAAGGCAUUCGAUGCAGCGAAGAAACUGACCCAGGAGCUUGCUGACGGUACACAAUCGUUCGAUAAGAUGGCUCUCGAAGGGGCCAUCUCGACGAUUGUCAGGAGCUUCGUUGAUGAAAGAGACACCAUGGUCGAUGCGGCCAAGAGCUCCUUCAUUGAUCUUGUAGUUCGCGGCGUCGACAAAGAUUGGCAGGAGUGGGUCCUACGUGAAGUGCGCAAGAUCACCGAAGAUGAUGUCAAGCGCACCCUGAAGGAAAUUGUAUCCGCUAUCUUUGAGCCGGAGAAGGUCGAUGUCGUCGUCACUUGUGGUGACAUCCUGAAGGAGAGCCUGCAGAAGGACUUUGAGGGCGCAGGAUUCCAGCCUCAGAGCAAGGUUCUCGCUGACUUUUACGAGUCGUAUGGUCUGGAAGGUGAUGAGAAUGAUGACGGUGACGAUGAUGAUGAUGAUGACGAAGGCGAUAGCGAGGAAGGCAGCGAGGGAGAUGAGAGUGGAGAUGAGAUGGAAGAGUAGAUUUUGCGCCGUCCAUCAAGGACUAAGCGUGGACAAUUACAGACAUUCU